AUGCACUUGUGCCAGGCAUUUGGCAAGGGGGAGCAUUACUGGCAUGGAGAAGGAUAUUGGUCUGUCACGUAUGAGGAAUGCAGUCAGAUCACAAAGUCCCAGCAAGUUCGAGGGAGCGCUUUUGCAUGCAUCGAGGCCUGUGUUCCGGACCUCUUUGCAACAAACCUGCUCCUUUUCCUGCCCACUGGUGGACCAGAGAGCGAGUGGGCAGCAAUCCGUAGAGUGCUGCAUGCCGCAAUGCUGGACCGAGGUGCCUAUCAGUAUUCCGAGCGUCUGCAGAAGCUGAGCUCGCAACUGGCUCUAGAUUGGCCCAAGCCGCAGUUGACAGACUUCAGUGAUACCCCGCGCUUGCGACUUAUGGUGGUGAAGUCUGUCUUCUUCAUGAUCUUCGGCAUCUGGCUUGAUGACCAGGAUGCGCAGAUCUUGCGAGGUUGGCGUGAUGGAGCAGUGUUCUUUGUGCUCCCUCGGUUGAUCCAUCGCUUCGUCUUUAACUUCCUCAUCCGCAAGGUGAAGCAACUCCGAAUAGACACCGUUGGUGUCAUUGAGAAGCUUGGGUUGCAGCAAAUGUUCGUGGACAUGAACAAGAACUUGCCUGAGAAGUACCGCAGGCCGACCGACGUAAAGCUUUGCGAUGAAAUCAUGUUUGCAGUGGGCUUUGCUGGUGUUGGUGGAACGAGCGCGGCCUGUGAGACGAUCGGAGCUUUCCUUCAGAGAAAAAUCCCGGAAGAAGCCAGCGCAAGCCUCAUCAGCUUCGAGAAGUACCCCACCGUCGAGGACAUGGUUGCAGCCUACAAACAGAACCCGGUGAAGUACAUCAAGGAGGCUUGCCGCAUCGACCCUCCCGUGACGAGCUGCACACGAGUAGAUCCUACAGAGAGGGAGCUCAAAUUCCUCGGCAUCCCGUACAAAAUGCAAGCAAACACGUUGAACCAGUAUGUCAUCUCGAUGGCGAAUCGUGACACAAAGAUCUUUGAGAACCCAAGCGUUUUUGAUCCAACUCGAAAGGAGCUGGACAUGGCCUUGACUUGGAACGGCGCUUUUGGGACCGCGAACGAGGAGACCGUGUACCCACGCAUUUGUCCUGGCCGCUUCCUGGCUCUGGAUGUCGUACAGGCUAUCGUGCCUCCCGGCUCUCAAAGCCUGGCAAAAGUGUCAAUGACAGGCUGA